AUGGAGAUUGCCUACCCCUACGGCGGGGAGUUCACGAGGAAGCACGGCUUCGUGACAGGCCGGCCGUUUGACGCCAAGACCGGCAUCAUGUCCGGCCAGAAGCGCGCGAGGGAGAUGGAGAUCCUUCGGCAGCGCUUCCAAUCCGAGCUCGUCGCCGUCCGUCGCCUCCUCCAUAAGGCGGCCGCCGUGCUAGUUCCCGCCUCGUCCCCGUUGGCUCCCCGCGUCAACGAGAGUUGUCCAGGGUUCUUGGCCGAGGAGCCGCCGGCCAAGAAGAGGAAGGCGUCCCCUCCCGUUCCUGUGAUCAAUCGCAAGAAGGCGCCAACGAAGAAGAAGAUGACGGCCUCUGAGAGGGAGAUGCUCGCGGAAGACCUGGAGCUGUUCGUUGCGGAAAUCCCCGAUCACAUCGUCCAGCUCUUGAAGAAGCAGAGCUGCGCCACCCGCCCCGGCGAAAUCGAGAUCGACCUCCACGCGUUGGACGCCGCCGCCGUCGUCGAGUUGCAAGGGCAGGUUGACAAGUUCGCUCGUGAUCGUCAGAGGAGGUCGAAUCCGUCGCCGCAAGAACGGCACCAAGACGGCCCUAGGGUGAUGGCCCAAGAGGAGGAGGAUGACGAAGAAGUUGACAUCUGUGGUGGCGUCUCCCCCUUAGCAAUCGUGCCGCAACCUCUGCUGCAAGAACGGCACCAAGACGGCCCUAAGGCCAUGGCCGAAGAGGAGGAGGAGGAAGAUGUUGACAUCUGCGGUGGCGUCUCCCCGUUACCGAUCGUGCCGGCACCUCUGCUGCUCGUCGAAGAUGAAACAGCCAGUGGCUGUGGCAGCCCAAGCUCCAGAAGCAGCAGUUCGGAUACUGAUUCCAGCGACAGCGAUUCAGAUACUGAUUCCGGCAGCAGCGACUCGGGUUCAGAGCACUCCGGCGGCAGUGACUCAGAUUCUGAUUCAGACGAGAUCGUCGACAGUGAGCAGCUCGCCCGUGCUCUGGAGAGGCAGCGAAAGGAGGUCACGUCCCGGGCGAGGGAGAAGGCCCGUCAGGAGGUGCUCCAGAUGGAGAAGACGGCAAUGCCCGAUGAUACCCUACACCCAGAGGAUCUGAAGAGGCUCGGCAUUGAUGAGUACAACACGGCGAGGCCCAACAACUUGUUGCGGCAGAUUGGACUCUACCUCAAGCUUGACGACCACGACUGGAAGCAGCAGCAGCACUGUCAAAGCUUCGAAGAAGACCUAGAGGAAGGGGAGAUUCCAUCGUGA